UCUGCGCCUCUUGAUGAUGUCGUCGCGGUGCCCCAACGAGGGAUUGGCCGAGGCCAGUCUCCGCGUGAUGAGACAGGACCCUCCCCCGAGAGCAAGGCGGAAGUGUGCGGGCCGCCGCGGGGCGCAGGCGGGAGAGGCUGGGCUCGCGAUGAGUGGGCUCGGCCGACUCUUCGGGAGGGGGAAGAAGGAGAAGGGGCCCACCCCUGAAGAGGCAAUACAGAAACUGAAGGAAACGGAGAAGAUACUGAUCAAGAAACAGGAGUUUCUGGAGCACAAGAUUCAACAGGAGCUACAAACAGCCAAGAAGCAUGGCACCAAGAAUAAGAAAGCCGCCCUGCAGGCUUUGCGGAGGAAGAAAAGACUGGAACAGCAGCUGGCACAAAUUGACGGGACAUUAUCCACCCUGGAGUUUCAGCGUGAGGCCAUUGAGAAUGCCACCACCAAUGUCGAAGUGCUUCGUACCAUGGAGCUUGCUGCCCAAGGCAUGAAGAAAGCCUACCAGGACAUGGACAUUGACAAGGUGGAUGAACUGAUGGCUGACAUCACAGAACAGCAGGAGGUGGCCCAGCAGAUCUCAGAUGCCAUUUCUCGGCCUUUGGGCUUUGGAGAAGAUGUGGAUGAGGAUGAACUGUUGGAGGAGCUAGAGCAGCUGGAGCAGGAGGAAUCAGCCCGGGAGUUGUUACCUGUGGAUGAUAAGGAGGAAGAACCUCCAGUCAAACUACCCAGUGUACCCACCCAUGUGCCAGCAGAGCCAGCUCCCGAGGCAGAUGAAGAUGCAGAAGCACUGAAGCAGUUGGCUACCUGGGUGUCCUGACGAGUCUGGCCUUGUCUUCUUGACGCUGCCUUUGUUGCUCUUUUCCUUAAGUGCCAAGUGCUGAGCUAAAGGACCAUAGCCCUAUUGGGAGGUCCUGCUGAGGGUGGUAGUAUGACCCUGCCGGAGAAAAGGGUCUGUUGCCCUCCCAUCCCUGGCUCAACUCUCAACAAGGAUCUUGGUACGGGAGAGCCCCUGGGCUCCUUUCUCUUUGAUAGCACUUACAGUGCCCUUGUUCCCAAUAAAAUUGGGUGGAUGGAGUCCUAGUGCUUCUGCUGCCUGCUCUACACCUGAAA